UUACUUCUGAUCCAUGUGUCCUUGAAUAUCUUGAUAAAUAUGGGGAUUUGAUCACAUCCUAUCUCUCAGAGUCGCACCGCAAACAUUCCCCCUGGAGGACAAAAGUCAGCUCGGUGUUUGUGAACACAGCAGCCGCUCAUACUCUCUCUCUCUCUCUCUCUCUCUCUCUCUCUCUCUCUCUCUCUCUCUCUCUCUCUCACACACACACACACACACACUGAAAACACAGCAUGGCGCAGGUGGAGGACAGGGACGACACCAUUGUGUCCUUCUCUCAGGGGACUCGCAUGCUCUUCUACCUCAUGUCCCCCAACGAGACGUUGUUUGCGGAAGUAGAGCAGGUUCCGCAAUAUGUCAAACAGGCCACUCCAUUCUUUAUUGGAAUGAUCUUGUUGGAGGGAUUGCUGGGUUGGCUGAAGACUGGAGACCUUCUCAUCAAAAUUAAUGAUGGGACCACAUCUCUGUCAGCAGGCAUGAUGUCCCGACUGCCUGAGCUCUUUAUGAGAAGUCUGGAGGUUUCCAGUUACAUAUAUGUUUGGAACAACUUCCACAUAUUGGAGUUACCUUGGGAUUCAGCUUGGACAUGGUGGCUAGCAUUCCUAGGUGUGGACUUUGGAUACUACUGGGUUCAUCGAUGCAGCCAUGAGCUUAAUAUCCUGUGGGCCGCUCAUCAAGUUCAUCACAGCUCUGAGUACUACAACCUGACUACAGCACUCCGGCAGUCUGUAACACAGCAGUUUGCUUCAUGGGUGUUCUACCUCCCCAUGGCAUUAAUAAUUCCACCGUCAGUCUUUGCUGUACACAUUCAGUUUAACUUGCUCUAUCAGUUUUGGAUCCACACUGAGUUCGUCAGGGAUCUUGGUCCUCUGGAGUGGAUCUUGAACACUCCGAGUCAUCACAGAGUUCAUCAUGGGAGAAACCGCUACUGUAUUGACAAGAAUUAUGGAGGGACUCUCAUUAUUUGGGACCGGAUGUUGGGAACCUUUGCUCCAGAAGAUGAUAAAGUCAUCUAUGGACUCACACACCCCAUCAACACCUUUGACAUUCUGUCUGUUGAGUUUGAAUACUACACAUAUCUGUUGAAGCAGUUCAUCAGUGCUAAUGGUAUUACACACAAGCUGUCGGUCAUCUUUAGUGGACCAGGCUGGACACCAGGCAAACCGAGGCUUGGAGAUCCUGAAGAUCUACCCGAGAUCACAGGAGAGGAAGUGCCACACAAUCCACAUUGGUCAUCUGCACUUCAAGCUUAUGUGCAUGUGCAGUUCCUUCUUGUGCUGGUCAAUUACAACAACUUAUUUGCAACAGAACAUAUGCUGUCUCAAACAACUGUGCUGCUUAUCACUGGAUACAUAUUACUCACACUUACCAUCCUUGGGUAUAUAAUGGACCUAAGUCCUAAUGCUGCUCUAUGGGAGAUGUCACGCUGCCUACUAAUGUUGGCACUCAACAGGUUUGGUUAUAUCAGCUCCAUGGUGCCUCUACUGGAUCUUGCAACAGAGGUCUAUGGAUUGCGACUGACCCCUCAUUACAACUCCAGCACCUCUAACCCUCCAUCUCUCCGUCGCUUAAUUUCUCUUUCCCAAUCUCUCCAUUUUGCUCCACCCCUGCUUAAAGUAGAGGCAACACUUCUGGAAUCAAUUAGCUCUGUCUGUGGCUAACUGGAGAGAGAUGAUGAGAUUUACACAUGAGAGUAAAAUUGUUCGCUUUUUUUCUCUGUGUGUGUGUGUGUGUGUGUGUGUGUGUGUGUGUGUGUGUGUGUGUGUGUGUGUGACCGUACAUCUGUAGACGUAGGUGCUAAAACGCCCACAAUUCUGUUCCCCGUAGAUCUGCAAGGAAUAAAAGAGUCUGAAAAAGUUCCCACAUGUAGUAUAGAGAAAACUAUUGUUUAUUUUGCUCCUGUCUGUGUGAAGACAAAAACAAUGUUCAUUUACCAGCUUCAAAAAGUUGGGAGUUGAUCUUUCUAAACAGUCAACACUGAAGUAACAUAAAAUAAACAUAAUACAUAAUAUAUGCUCAGGAGGAAGUAUAAUGAAAUGGCAGAAUAUUGAAUAUGCAUAUACUGUAUGUAUGUGCAAGAUUUUAAAAGACCUACACAGGACAGUACAAUGUUACAUUGAAAUUGUGCAGUGAUACAUUAAUAAUUACUAUAUUAUUGUACAGUUGAUACAAUUGGGACGAACGGUAUAGAGUGAUUAGAUAAAUUACUAAAGUGUUGUUGAGGGCUGUGGUUGACGAGGGCCGUAGGUUUUACUUUGAAUAAAAUAAAUAUUCUUGUUAACUAGCUGUAUUGUGUUAUGACUGUUUUGUGGCCAGAGAUGUUUUACACCUUUAAGAAACAUUUUGACUAGAUUCUACCCUCCCAGCAGCAAACAAUUAAGCUGUUCCCAUUGGGCAAACAGUACCGCUACAUACACUUUAGGUAGGGUAUGGAAGAGACACUUCGAACUAGCUCUGUAAAAACCCCAAAACAUCUUUCAUGGCACAAGCUACAGUAAAGGGUUUAUGCCCAGUGUUUUCCAACAUAGUGAGAAAAUUUCCCUAGUAGUGAGCACAGAUGGCCUAUUAGUAAUAUUAACAACAAGUGUAACCCUGGUUUGUUUGACCUGAAAUGGGUUAUCAACACACUGGUUAAAUAGUCAGUCAGAUCCACUGCAGUAUCAUCUAUAGCAGUGGUAUUAGAAGAAAAUCAUAUAAAAACUAUAGAUUUGGCCAGUUGUAUGCCAACACAUCCUGGAUAACAUCAGUCUGUGAUCCAGAGCAGGCAGUGAAUUAUAAGUCUGUUCACAGACAGAUCAACUUCUACUCUGCUGUUGGUGUUCCACAUUACCUGAACUACCUUCUUGCUAAUUUUCUAAUACCUGGGCGCAGGACUGAUACAGUACGUCCCCUAUCUGUCUUUAUCUGCCUAGUAGGUGGCCAGCUCUAAAGACAGAAUAGGUAUGUGCAUCUGUUUACUUUCAGAGCUUAGUAGCCCACCCUCAACAUUUCUUGAGAUUUGUGUCGUCUUGAUGGUUGAUCAUGACUGUGGUAUUGUCUGUUCACACUAGUAUGUAUAACCCCCUUAAGGGGUCCUGAAAAUUUUGCAGCACUAGCCAUGCAGCUUUUCAUUUAGACAAUGUUACCAUGCUGAUAUCAAGACUUGUUUUUCCCUUUUCUAUUACUUUUAAGCCUUAAUAAACCUUAAUAUCAACCUGCAGUACAUGCACUGCUCCUGCUGAGCUGCACUCCUGCUUCACUCUGCUCAGUAGAUGCUCCAGUGGUGGGCUAUCAGCUCUCCCAACCAGGGUGGGCUCAUUAUUCAAGUUUAGGGAAUAAGAAGUAAAUAAGAAGGGUCUGUCAAUAAGAAAGGUCUGUUUCUUUUUAAGUUCCUCAGAAUUUUGCACUUCAUUGCACUGUUGCAUUGCCACUAACAGCUCUUGCAUUUCUCUUAAGCCCAAUGCCAACUCCUUCAGUCUUUGUUCCAAUGUUAUGAAGGUGAUCCCUCUUCUCUUUCCCAGGGGGCUGAGCAGCCAAGCCUUCUGCCCAUUUCUGUUCCUGCUAAUACAAUGUAGCAAAGGAUAACUUACCUGUUUCUUCCUAGAGGGAGCCACAGAUUUGUCUGCUGUUUACAUUGCGCUCUGCUGUGAAUUACAAUGUCAGAGGAAUGACAAUGAAUAUUCAGCAGUAUUUACAUAACCCACAAGCUUCAUCUAUCACUAUUGGCAUUAUGCUUUAGUGAGGACAAGGCUCUGUAAGUGCUUCCUCAACUGUUCAAUCAGUCCCAUGUAGGGUCAUGGUGAAGAGUUGAUGACUUUGCUACUGGUUCUCAGCAGUACUACUACACUAAUGGUAAAGGAAGCUGCCCUGGUAAUCUGGAACAAAAUGUGGUCCAUAACAAAAGGAACCCAAUAUUUAACAUAUUUGAUUGUUUUUAAGACCAGAAAUUGAAUAUUUCACUAUUUAUAUGGUACUGACCAUAGGUCAGUGAGCCUUAGUCUAAAGCUUAAGCGCAUUUGAGGAAAAACACUGAAAAGUCAUGUUAAUUUUUGUCAACUACGUGAAUGUGAUUUUCAAAAAAAAAUCUGAAAACUCUUCAACAUAAAUCACUGUUAGUAAUACGUUUAACUAAAGGACAUAAUAUUUCCAAUGCUAAUGUAUCAGAUUCUCAGAUUCUCUGCACAUAUAUACUGCAGGCUUAAGUUUAAGCUUAUGCUUAACUCUUAAUCUUAAAUUUUUCCAGGCUAGUUUCAGAACAUAAAUUGACAUGGUAACUGAACUUGAUCUUUAUUUAAUCCUUGUGUCUGGAAUGGAAAAAAGGCUCAAUUACAUUUGAGACAAUGGAAAUCUCAGCUAAUAUUAUCUAAAAUUCUGGAACAUAUUUCAGAUAUGCUUAAAGUCAGCCAAGUGUACAAAACUGUACAGGUCAGUGGUUCCACAGGACUGGAGUAAAAAAAAAAUAAUAAUAAUAAUAAAGCCUGCUAUAAACUGUAAAUCCAUAAUUUUUCUUCUUAUGGCUUAAUUAAAGAAUAUUAGUAAUCAUGAAAUAAAAGCAAUUCUUUGAUUUGGCUGUCAUAUAUCAGGACCACUACAGUAGAAGUCUUUCUUGUGAUAUAUAGUGGCUUUUAAACCACAGGCUGGUAUUCAUUAUUGAGAGGGCUCCUCAUUAAAGCAGCAGGAUUUGCCUAUAAACUCAGGUGGCGAGGUCACACUCCCAGCACACAAGCACACCCGUCUCUUACGCUCUUACAGUUACGCCCACACUUGCUCUUUUACACUUGUUUACAGUUACACACUUGCAUUUUGAAGAGCCAUGUGGAUUCACCUGAAUUGCGGAUAAGUGAUGUCACACAUGGCUGAGGGGUCUGGAUAUGAGACAUUCCAGAUGUUGCAUGCCUUGCAGUAAUUAAGGGAGCUUCUCUUCAGACUGUGAGUGGUGAGCUCAUAGCAAUUAAAGUGGAGUGCUAAUAAAAAUACACCUGUCUCUGAAAGGAGUCUUAACUUUGCAUUGCUCUCAACAAGGGCACUUUCUACCCUUGCAUUACUCUCUCACACAGUAUGCCAUUUUGAUCAAUAAAACAGUGUAUGAUUGAUCAGAUAUACUAUAGUUCUUUUAUAAUAGAUUGUGAAGCUCACAGACUUCACAUAUGCUGUAUAUAUACUAUACUAAGGUGUAAUGACUGGAAAUAUCAGUACAUCAAAAGUAUACCUCAGAGCUGGAAAUCUUGCACUACAGGUUUGUACUGUUCCUUCCUGAGUUCUUUCCAUUUUUAUUAUUAUUAUUAUUAUUUUUUUUUUUUUUACAAAUUAAAGAUAAUAUUUAUGCACCUCAUUUCUCAAGAGAGGAACAUAAUUAUACAUUUUAAAGGGUAAAGGUUAUGACAAUAUUAUCAAGGUCACUCCAUGUAAAAGCUCCACUCAGCACAGCAUGGCCUUAUCUUUCUGUAGCACCUGACACACUUUGUACAAAAGUGGAACCUACAGGUUUUAAGUAUGUUCCACUGUUUGUCAGAAUAUGAAGUUUGCUUGAGACUGAAUUGGGGAAUACUACGAGCUUUCUCUUUCCAUAGUGAUAUAAUAAUCCAGGAAAGAAGUGAAGCGCUCUUGAACAAUAAAUGUAAAGCAAGUUUAAUUGCAGUAUAAUGCACUAGACAAUACAGUAGGAUAUCAGCUGUGCAAUACAAAGUUCUUUUAAAGCUCAUGGAGAUGAAAUAAGUUAACAUUCUAAACAAUAGAUAUUUCAAAUAUGCAGUAACAUUAAUUGUGUUGUAAAUUUGUAAAUGACUGUAAAUUAUUUGUCAUUAAUGGUGUGUCCAUUAAAAAAAACUUUAUUAAAAAAUAAAAUAUUACAUUAAGAUAUUAAGAUUAUUAAGAUACUUACUGCUUAAUGGUAUCGGCUUGAUUGAACUUGUCUUAAGUAAGACAAUGUGUGUACAUGUGUGUGACUGUUUGUCUUCAUCAGACCCCGUAAUGAGCCACAGUGAAAUACAUUAACCAGAGCAUGACAAUAGGGAUUCAUACUUUUGACCUUGCUAAUAAUAGUAACUCUCGAUUUCACAAUUUUGUGUACACGGCUUUGAUUAACGUAUACUACCUUUAGAUUACAUUAAAAGUUUAUAAAUAUUCCACAGCAAAUUUAUCCUGUUAGCAGAGAAUGAAUCACGCUACAAGUGUGCAUUUUAGGGAGCAAAUGUCCCUGCAACAACAGGAAUAUCUGACCAUUUUGACGUUGUGGGAACAUUUGUCUGGGUCCCAUUUAAAAAAUAAAAAAAAGGAAACAGCUUUUAUUUAAAAAAAAAAAAAAAAAAACCUAAACAAACAAAAAAAAACUAAAAGAGCUAAAAUGUUUCAUUUUGGUUACUGAGGUUAAAGAUGAGUUAGAUUUAAAUGUAUUAAUUGUUAUAUCAAUUGAAGGUCUGCACAAGGAGAAUAAGACAAAAAAGCAUCUAUGUGCAUGUGUGUGAGAGUGAUAGCGUGCCUCAGGGAGCUCAGGCCACAGGUUUAGCUUGCUAAACCGACCGCUGUAGGUCCCUUACAAGUCCCACAGGAGCCAUCCAUCUUUGUCCUUCUCUCAGGAAUCCCACUGAAGUGGUUUACAUAGCGUCUAGAGAGACGUGUAUGUCGUGGCCGCGGCCUCCUUCAUUACUGCAUCAAAGUGCUGCGGGGCUAAUUUGGCCCAGUGCAGCUCCUUCGGCCCGAUUCAUCCUCUCCAGACAUGGCUUCAGAGAGCUCCUGCUCAUGUGGGGGACUUUGAGACCUUGAUCCAUAUAAUAUAAAACUGAACUUAGCAUUCAAAAUAGUUACCACUUUCUUCUUAAAAAACAGUCUAUGGUCUGGGAAGCUAUAACUAGUGUAUGCUAUAAAGCUCCAGGGCUUUUAUUUCUUACCCAGCUGACUGUGUGAGAGAGUGUCAUUUCUACUAUGCCUGAUAGGAUAUCGUGCAUGAUGCUGUGCUACUCUGAGUUUGAUGAGUUUUAAUCUUGAUUACAUCUGUAGUGUGAAGGGUGUCACAAUAGUUUAUGAUAUGCAGGAGGCUCAAAUUCUGUUUUGUUUUACUAUAAAUUAACUUAAUGCUCCAAAGAAACACUCCAGUGUUUUUCCAACCUGAUCUCUAGUCCCUUUGUAGUUGAUCUGUUUUUGUUAUAGAAUGAUUUCUUGAAAUUUUCAGGCAAAAUUCAGUGAAAAUGAAGUACUAAAUCUGUAAAAAUUGUAUUGAGAAAUGGGAAUACAUUUUAAAGGGUCUGUGGUGCAUGGGAUCCCACAGAACUUUCAGGAAAAACGUAAUUAACUAGAAUUAGUUUUACUGUUACUCCAUUUAAAAAAAAAAAAUUUUUUUAAACAAGAGUCUCUGUCUCAUAGCAAGGAGCGAUUGUUGGGUUGCACAUGCACUACAGAUGUGGUGAUUAGGGAUUAGGUUGGAUUAGAUUUAUUUAAUCCAACAGAGGAAUCCACAUAAAUGUGUGUGUGUGCGUGUGUGUGUGUGUGUCUGAAAACAGUGUGUAUGUUGGCCGUCCAUGUGAACAGUAUAGGAUGGAAACUUCCUAUUAUGAGCUGUAUAUCAUCGAGCUGACAGCAGUGCUUCAGUUCUGUUUUCCUUUCAGUCAGCAGCUCCUCUAGAGACUCUGGACUGAACACAAAGUUCACUAUCUACUCUACAAUUCUUCCCUUGUCUUCUUUUUAAUGUGUUUGUUUUGUAUGGAUGCAUGUAUGUGUUGAAUGUAUGGCUAUGAGAAGUUUCACAUGCACAUAAACAACGGUCAUAACUACAGCAUUAUUAGAGCAAAUUAAAUGGCAUACUCCCUCUCCCUUGUCAAUCACAGUGACACUAGCCAAUAUUGGGCAUCUCUGAACUCAUGUAUGAGGAAGAGGGCAGAUAGUGACUAUCUUACGCUGCCCUGUCAUGCAGCAGUUUGAAUAGAUGUGAUUGGUUGAUUUCAUGUGUGGAAUGCACAUGUUAGCCUUUACCCUUCCAGGUUGAUAGCUGGUGUAUGAUUGGGGAAGGCUGGCUGGUGGGUGAGAAUUGGCAGGUGACCAAAUUGGGGAGAGAAAUAAGAGGGAAAUUUUUUUAAAAAUGCUAAGAGAAAAAUACAGGAAGCAUAUGUUGUUUUUUUCCUAAUUAUUAAUGAGGAGUAUAUUUGUAUGAUAAUUUUUAGUAUUCUACUUUAAUUUCUAGAUUUCUCUGCCAUUUUAUGUGGGUCAAAGGCAACAAUAUUUUUUUCAAAAUAGCCAAAAAUUAAUUGUGUUGUUUUUAAAUAUAUUUUAUGUUUUAAUGAAACUAAUUGCAAUGCAGGUCAUCUUACUGCAUGACAAUUUUUCUCUUUAGAAUUGUCUCUUUUUCAUCCUGUAAACCCUUUUAUUAUACCAGUAAGAAUAAAAUGCUAAAAUGUUCUGUUGAAAAGCACAUCUGGUUUCGACAUCUUGACUUUAAAAUUUGUAUAACAAAUUUGGUUGAUAAAACUAAUUUGGAACUAAUGUUAAUCUGCUUGUAUUAAGUAAGAUAUUUCUUAGGUAACAUAUUUCUGAAUAUCAUAUCUUCUUGGACUCACUGAAUAUCUGAUUACAGCAUGUUUUUUUCCAAUCACAAGCUGAGGUGAGUUUUUUUUUU